AUGACACGCCGCACAUACAACAUCGCCAUGGUUAGCGACUUCUUCUUCCCGCAACCAGGAGGCAUCGAGUCUCACAUCUAUCAACUCGCCACAAAGCUCGUCGACCGUGGCCACAAGGUCAUCAUCAUCACUCACGCCUACGAUGACCGGAAGGGCAUCCGCUAUCUCACAAACGGCGUCAAGGUCUACCACGUUCCCUUCCUCGUCAUCUACCGCUCCGCCACAUUUCCUACCGUCUUCUCCUUCUUUCCUACCUUCAGGAACAUUUGCAUUCGCGAACGUAUUGAGAUUGUGCACGGUCAUGGCAGUCUCAGCAGUCUUUGCCAUGAAGCUAUCUUGCAUGCCCGCACAAUGGGGUUGAGGACUGUUUUUACCGACCACUCGCUCUUUGGCUUCGCUGAUGCAGGUACCAUUCUCACGAAUAAGCUUCUCAAAUUCACCCUGAGUGACGUUGACCACAGUAUCUGUGUGAGCCACACAUGCAAAGAAAACACAGUGCUUCGUGCAUCUCUUGACCCUGUCAUGGUCUCUGUGAUACCCAACGCCGUUGUCGCAGAAAACUUCCGCCCCAAGGACGUUCCAGCUUCACCCUCUCCCCAAACCGCUUCUUUCGGUACGGAAGUACCCCUCUACCCUCUACCACAGCGUAUCAAUCCUCGCGACCCUAUCACAAUUGUUGUCAUCUCCCGUUUGUUCUACAACAAAGGCACUGAUCUUCUCAUCGCCUCCAUCCCUCGCGUGCUUGAGAAUCACCCAAACACCCGCUUUAUAAUCGCAGGCUCUGGCCCGAAAGCUAUCGACCUUGAGCAGAUGAUUGAAACAAACGUCCUUCAAGAUCGAGUUGAAAUGCUUGGUCCAAUCCGCCACGAAGAAGUUCGCGAUGUGAUGGUUCGAGGCCACAUUUAUCUCCAUCCGUCUCUUACCGAGGCAUUCGGUACAGUCAUCGUGGAAGCCGCCAGCUGUGGGCUCUACGUUGUGUGUACGCAGGUCGGUGGUAUUCCAGAGGUUCUUCCCUCGCACAUGACCACCUUUGCCAAGCCAGAAGAAGACGAUAUUGUCCUUGCCACAAGCAAAGCCAUCAGCGCCAUGCGCGCUGGCAAGAUUCGCACUGAGAAGUUCCAUGAGCAAGUCAAGAAGAUGUACUCGUGGCAGAAUGUUGCUCUGCGUACUGAGCGUGUUUACGAUGGUAUCUCAGGAAACAUUCCCGAAGAUGAGUUCUAUGGUGUUGAUACCUCAGGCUACGGCAGCCGCAUUCGGCAUUUUACCCUUAUUGAUCGUCUAAAACGCUACUACGGAUGUGGUAUCUGGGCUGGCAAACUCUUUUGUCUUUGUUGUGUUGUGGAUUACCUCUUCUUUCUGUUCCUCGAGUGGUGGUUCCCAAGAGACAACAUCGAUAUUUGUCCAGAUUGGCCACGCAAGCGACCCGCCGACGAUGAUCUGAGCUCCAAGAAGGGUGCACACAGCAACCGGUCGAGCACAUCGCAAGGAGCUCCUAAACUGGAGUGA